CAGUUCAAGUCAUGCGCGCCGUGUAUUUCUAAGCCAUUUGCAGCAAGCCGGGCAGUUCAGCGCGGUGUUUGUGGGCCUUCCACGCAACACUUGGAGGUGUUCUUUCACUUUUCAGGCCAUAGCUUCCCGUCGCGCAAUCCAGGCGGCUGUCUUUUCUGCUCCCGCACCAAUUAGAGACGCUGCACACGCCGCCCGCCUUAUCGAACCCCACGAGCUUCUCCGCAUCCUGACCAGCGGAUAUUGCAUAUUGAUAUUCGUUCCUCCGACUGCGGUGCGGACCCGACUUUGCUCACCAUGCACGAGUUGAGCCUCUACGGCCAGGUCACCUUUGCGCGCUAUGAGCAGGUGCUGAACAUUCUGGCUGGGGUUGCUGCCAUGCAGCCCCAACGUGUUUUCGAGCGCAACAUUAUCUACAAGCCUACGCGCGAGCCGGAGGAGCCCGGCUCGAAUCUUGGCCGUCGCGGCGGCACCCAGACUGUCGCGCAGAAGCAGGCCAAACAAGCUGCUCCUGUUGUUCUCUACCAUACCCGCCUGGUCCAGAAGCUGUCUGAAGACGACUUUGCAGCUGAAGACGGCCUGCCCGAGGAGAGCACAAAGACCUUGUCUGCUGACGUACAAGACGGAGAGGAGCCAGCAUGGUCGUUUGUCUUCCGAGACGUACCGGAUACUGGGGACAGAGGUGUCUCAAUCCGCUUCACCAACACCACUGACUUGCUGUCUGGCGACCCACAUGCUUUCAUGAUCGCCUCAGGGCCCAAUCAGUUCGUGACUGAGUUCUACGUCGAAGGCUACCGUUUUGUGCACGGCAAUGUCGUUAUAUUUCUCUACCGCAUCCUCCACGAGCCCGGCAUACGCAAUGUCCAGAAGGCCCCCAAGGCCACACUACCGACAUGGAACGGGCUGAAGCUGCUUGAUCCAAGCGGUGUUUACACGCUCCAGUCUACCGUCCGCAUCGAAGACUUUAACAACGCAGCUGUACUGGAGGCAGGCGUGAAUGAGCUGAAGAGAUUCCAGACGCAAAUGAAGGGCUGUGUGAACCUGGCUUUGCCAGAUCGACUUGCACUGGAUCCCCGCGUCAAGUACAAAGCUCCGACAGUCCCUGCCACCCAAGCGCGACCUCGAUGAAGACUGCUCUCAUACUAACAGAGAGCAAUGGGAAGCGGAAGGGAGGUUUUAGGCUAGGAAUCGUCAUGUCAGCCUCCAAAGGCUAUAGAGGCAAAGUAUCAAGUUCAGCUCUCUAGGAGUGUCAGCGAGUGCCAACGAACCAACAUAUCAUGUUGGUAGAGAGACGAUAAAGAUCGGAACAAGUCCGUUCGCUGGGUCAGGACGCUGAGGGGUUUGGUCUUUUGCAGUGCAUCUGGCUCCAGAUAAGUAGGAUGAGUGCCGUCUGCUGAUGUGCAUCAUCCGGGCCAGCUUGCGUAUAAACCUCCAGCGUAGAUUCAAAACGGUAGGCCGUAUUUUUAAGAACAUUGAAAGCGUCUGUGGUGAAACGUCUGUGACCAAUA